GCUGCCAACUUCGCCUUCAUCGCGCCCCAAUCUUUGUUAAGGGCAAGAACGCGGUGCUGUCCAGCGCGAGCACCUGUUGCGCCGCCAGUGGACGAUCCCAAAAAAAAUUUCCCUUGACCUCUUUGCUUUUCAUCUUGUAAUCCCGAUUACAACACCGACCGCGACGAGGUUUUCUACGCGCAAGGCGGGGAGUGCCUCGCGCAUUUUUUUCCAGACCGACAUCUCCAUCUCUCGCCACUGCAAUCCAUCACCGCGCGACAUCGCCCACAAUGUCGUUUGGGUUCGGCAGCGGUGGCUUCGGCCAGAACAACCAGUCAUCCACCUUUGGUGGAUUUGGCAGUAGCAACACAAACACGAACACAGGCUUUGGCUCCGGAACCGGUGCUUUCGGCUCAGGAACCAACACUGGCACCACCGGCACCGGCAUCUUUGGCAGUGGCGGCAGUGCAUUUGGUUCAAACACCGGCGGUUUCGGUUCCGGUGGCUUCGGGAGCAAACCAGCCUUUGGCACACCGACCACCACCAGCUCAGGGACAGGAUUGUUCGGGUCGACAACCACAACAGCAGGUGGCACGGGAUUCGGUAGCGGCUUUGGCUCUACAAAUACCACUAGCACGCCGUUUGGUGGCGGCACGUCGCUCUUCGGUGGCUCUAAGCCUGCGACAUCUGGCUUCGGCACAGGGACGUCGACUUUCGGCAGUGGCACCGGCGGCGGCCUUUUCGGGAGCAGUUCGACCACCGGCACAGGUUUUGGCGCCACCAGCAAUCCGGGCAUCGGGACCAACAUUGGCGACCCGCCCGGCACCGCCAUUGUCCCCUUCUCUCCUACAGUGGAGAAGGAGCCCAACAACCCUUCGCAGAGCAACUCCUUUCAGAACAUCUUGUUUAUGGACGCUUACAAGAAAUGGUCGGCUGACGAGCUGAGACUGGUGGAUUACAAUCAAGGCAGGAAAUCCGGCGGUGUUGGUGGUACCGGCGCGUUUGGCGGUUCUACCUUUGGCGGAACAACUGGCUUCGGAAGCAACACAACAGGCACCGGGUUCGGCAGCAACACCGGGACAGGCCUGUUUGGAAGCAGCCAACCGGCCUCGACUGGCUUCGGCACGACUAAUACGAACACGGGCGGAUUCGGCUCCGGUGGCGGCCUCUUCGGUAACAAGCCCGCAACCGGCGGACUGUUCGGAAACACGUCUACUAGCCAGCCUUCGCAGACCGGUGGUCUUUUUGGAAGCAGCGGCACCAGCGCAUUUGGGACCAACACUACGAACACAGGCUUCGGAUCGAAUACAACCAACACGGGGGGUGGUUUGUUCGGAAACACGAACACAAACAAGCCUGGCGGGUUCAGCUUCGGCAACACCGGCACCGGCACUGGUGCGUUCGGAACGACCUCAACAACUGGCUUUGGCGCAAACACCACUUCCGGAACUACGGGUGGCGGCUUGUUUGGAAAUACGCAGAAUACCACGACUGGCGGCGGUCUCUUCGGCGGUCAGCAGCAACAACAAUCUAGCGGCACGGGAUUCGGUUCCGGCACCGGUUUCGGAACGCAGACGCAGAGCACAGGUGGUGGUUUAUUCGGCAACCAGCAGCAGCAGAAGCCCGGUGGCCUCUUCGGCGGCGGCACGUCUAACACCGGCACCACUGGUGGUCUGUUUGGGAACGCAAACACAGGGACGACGACCGGUUUUGGCGCUUCAACCACGAACCAGCCUACCACCGGCGGUCUGUUCGGCUCCAAGCCCGCAACCACCGGCGGUGGUCUGUUUGGCAGUAGCACGACCGGUCAGACGGGUGGCACGGGCGGUGGUCUAUUCGGCAACCUCGGAGGCAAUAACCAAAACCAACAGUCUCAGCAGGGUGGCUUGUUUGGAGGGUUGGGCCAGAAUACGCAAGCCAAGCCAUCCCUCUUCGGCAGCUCGACUACUGCGGGAGGAAGCCUCUUCGGCAACCAAUCCAACCAACAGCAGGGUGGUGGCUUGUUUGGCAGCAGUACUACCCAGCAGCAGCCUCAGCAGGGAGCGCUGGGCAGUUCCCUCCUCGGUGCUUCUCAGGGCCAGCAGAUGCCUCAACAGCCGUUCAACGCCAGCAUCAACGAUAUCUCCGCGUACGGUGCCCAGACAUUGUUCUCCGGCCUGCCGGAUGACAAGAUCCAGAACCCGGGCCCGCUUGCCACCCCACUGUCAGGCAAGUCCAAGGUUAAGAGCCGUUCGAUCUUGCCGAUGUACAAGCUCAGUCCUGCGAAUGCCUCCCGCCUCGUCACCCCUCAGAAGAGGGGCUACGGGUUCUCGUACAGCGCCUACGGUUCUCCUGCCAGUCCCUCCAGCUCUUCCAGCACACCUGGUUUCUCGCAGAGCCUCCUUGCCGGCAGCGUCAACCGCGGUCUGAGCAAGAGCGUUUCCGCCAGCAACCUGCGACGUAGUCUGAAUGUGGAAGACAGCAUUCUUCAGCCUGGCGCUUUCUCGGCCAACUCCAGCGCGCGUCUCGGCAGCGCUGGCAGCCACAAAAAGCUGAUCAUCAACAAGGAGAUGCGAAGCGAUCUGUUCGCCUCGCCUAGCAAGGAAACUAGGGCGCUGGAAGACGGCAACGGUUCGCGGAAACUUGCCAAGCGUGUCAGCUUCGACACCGGUACGGUUGAGACGACGACCCCGGACAACCGACAGGCCUCCCUGGAAAACGGCUCCAGUGCGGACGACCUCAAGUCAGACAGCCGUGCCAGCACCAACGGCGUGAAUGGCUCCAAGCCAUCCCCUGUCUCCCCUGCUCCGGAGGUGGAACAGGUCCAAGGCAACGAGCUUGCCAUAGUUCCUGAAGAGGGAUCGCCUGCGACCGUGCGGACCGAGAAGAAGACCGGUUCCACGAUCGAGCCGGGCGCCUACUGGAUGUCGCCGAGCGCGGAGGAGAUUCGCGCCAUGAACAGGAUGCAGCGGCAGCGCGUCUCAGACUUCACAGUCGGCCGUGAGAAUGUCGGCAGCGUCACAUUCAAGGUCCCCGUCGACCUGAGCAACAUCAACCUCGACGAGAUCUUCGACGGCAUCGUCAUCCUGGUUCCUCGCUCCGCCACCGUUUACCCCGUCGCCGCGAAGAAGCCUCCCGUUGGCAAGGGGCUGAAUGUGCCCGCGGUUAUCUCGUUGGAGCACUCGUAUCCUCGUGGCGGUCUCGCGACUACCGGCCGCCGUCUUGAGCGCCACAUCGAAAGGCUUAAGACGGCAAUCCCCGACACCACAUUCGAGAGCUACGACAAAGAAACCGGUGUUUGGACGUUUUCUGUUGAACAUUUCACAACCUAUGGCCUAGGUGACGAUGACGAUGAUGACGAUGAGACCGAGGUCGAGUCUGAAGCACGCCCCCCCCUCUUGAGCCCAUCAGCUGUUAAGGACUCUACCUCCCCAUCCGACCCCGAUGACACCUUCGACUUCAAGCGCAGCCGGCGCGCAGUUCCCGGCGCCUUUGACGAUGCCGCACUGUCGGACAACGACGAGGUUACUGAUACCGCUCAACGUCAGGCUCGAAGCCUAUGAUCAGUACUCUCGGCAGGGAUCCGUUGACGAGGAGGAGGAUCCAUUCCUCUCCCGUCACGUGGAUGAUGAGGCGCAGGUCCCUGCUGGUAUCAUGAGGGCGCGCAUGCGGGCCUUC